UAUUUACCUACAGCGGUGUCAUUGAGAAACAUGGCGGCCUCCACGGCAGCUGCAGGCGCUGGUGCCUCCGACUCACAAGGUCCAGCUUCUUCUGUACCGAGCAUGGACGGCCCGACCGUUCAGUACAGUUCGGUUCUGGAGCAUCUUAUCGGAGACAAGAGGACCGUUAAGGAGCUGAACCCCGCUGUUAUGGGCGGACUGCCGGUCCCUCCGAAAAGCGACGAGCAGAAGAUGAUCGAGAGGGGAAUGGAGAGCUGUGCCUUCAAGUCUCUGCUGGCCUGUGUGGGAGGUUUUGUCCUCGGAGGAGCUUUUGGUGUUUUCACUGCUGGUAUCGAUACCAAUGUUGGCUUUGACCCUAAAGAUCCUUUGAGAACUCCAACAGCACGAGAAGUCCUUAAAGACAUGGGCCAGAGGGGGAUGUCCUACGCCAAGAACUUUGCUAUUGUGGGCGCCAUGUUCUCCUGCACAGAGUGCAUCAUAGAAUCACACAGAGGUGUUUCUGACUGGAAGAACGCCGUGUACAGCGGCUGUGUAACUGGUGGAGCCAUCGGGUUUAGAGCUGGACUGAAGGCUGGAGUCCUGGGAUGUGGGGGCUUUGCUGCUUUUUCUGCAGCAAUUGAAUAUUAUUUACGAUGAACCACUAAAAAGUGAUUCUGUGGACAAGAACUUAUUUGCUGCACAUGUGGACAAAAGAAUGAAGAGUCGCAGUGUGAGAAAGUCACUUCUGUGAAUAUUGACCUGCACAUGGAGGAUUGCUGUGAAAGCAGACCGGAGUGUUUAGUGACUGUCUGUAUUUCACCGUGUACUUUAGCUGGAGCCGAACAAAGCAGCCUCAUGUGGAGAAUCUACAGAAACAGUGGCUCCACUUCUGUAUCAGAGAUACAUUAAUGAUGGGAAAAUGUGAACUGAAAACACCUUCUGAGUCAGGACCACGUCAACUUAGACUGAGAUAAACAGUUCUGGUUGCAGAGCACUGCUGUCAUGUGUCAGUUUUAUUUAUAUUAAAGAUGUUUUUUGUUAACUUGUUCAUUCAGAACUUUUUUUGAUGUACUUAUCUAUAACUAGAUAAUUUGGCUUUGUUUUAGUCUGACUCAGUGUAAAUCUCAUCUGAAUCUGCAGCUCUCCUCACCCUUAAACCUUCAUUGUUUCCUUGUUCAGCCAUCAGACCUGCCACUUCACUGUUGUGACGCUUUCCGACUUUUUUUAGUGUUACACGUCUCACCUUUGAAGCAUUUGACCGCAAACAAUAACUAAGAGAGAAAAUGUUUGACUAAUAUUUUCCAGGUGAACACAAACCUUUCUCCAGUGUGGUAGUUUUAAGGAGCUGCUGCUGCUGCUUGUAGAGUCAUCAGGUCCAUCUAUGAUCUGUUCCCAAAGGAAGAACAACUUAGUUGACACACAGCAGGGAUUAACAAGAAUGUCAGUUCAGACAGAGGUGUUUGUUAAAACAGAACAUCUGGAUUAUUUUAUCUUGAUCCAGUUAGUCAUACAACUGAGACUGUCCUUUCAGGAGCUGUGGUAAAGACCAGACCACGAUUCACAAAGUAUCUUACCACUUGGUUUAAUCUAUAAUUUGAAUUCCAGUGAAGCUGUUGGUGUUUAAGCCUCAAUAAAUAAUAUGAUGUAAUGCCAUGA